CAACCGGUGGUGGCCUCAGAUUGGAGCGCAUUUGAACACGCUGGAUAUGUGGAACUACAAGCUUCUUCUGAGCGAUCUGCUGGAUAUUCUGAAAGAAACGCCAAGACUCAAAGUGUUUAAAAUUUGUUCCAGAUACGUGUACAGUAGUAAACAUAUUCCGAAAAUCAGCUUUAAACUUACUUCAUUGGAAAACUUGGAAAUUCAAUGGAACCAUCAAGUGAAAACGUUAAAUGUCUUCAAGCAGUUGUGUCCAAAUUUGAAAUAUCUUCGCUUGGAAAUUCCAAACCGAUCAGAAAAGGAGAUCACCACAAGUGACGUGAUUAACUUCAUUGUAGCAAUAAAAGAUACGUUGAAAGAAUUGACGGUAAUUGGUGUGGAAGGCGAUUUCUUGAGCGAACUGUUUGAUAUCGAAGGAUUACGUUUAAAGUUAAUUACAACUAGAUGUCGCGGAAAUGAGCUGCUCACCAACAUGAAUCUAAAGCAUCCUUCGGUUGAAAAGCUGAACUCGUGUCUCUCUUCGGAUAAGGCACUUUGUGAAGUAGGACAGAAUUUGCCGAAUUUGAAUGGAAUUACCAUCGGAUUUCACGAGAAUCAACCAUCUACGGUUUCGUUUACUGGCCUUAUGCCGAAUCUAAAAGCGAUACGCAUUUAUUGUCUACAGAAGCCCCAUUUUAAUGGAACCUUAAAAUUUUCAAAUUUGGCGCAUCGAAAUCUCCAAAGACUAUCACUAACAGCUUCGGAGCAGACUCUGCGUUGGAUCAAACACUUUCCAAACAUACGUGUACUGGAGUUGCGCUCUUGUGAAGUUGAGAGCUGGUCGGAUUUUUUCGCUGAAAUCGCUCAACUGCAAAGUCUAAAAUCGCUAAAACUUGAUUCGGUGGGGAAUGAUUGCGAGAAAAUGAUUUUUGGAGUGUACUCUACGAAGAUAGUAAAUUUAGAACUAAGUCGUUGCGAUAUCCCGAAUGAGCUGCUCGAUUCAUUUAUAAGGUCAUGUCCAAAUCUUGCCCGGGUUCAGUUGGAUGAAAUGCCAAACGUAGAUGACAAUAUUGUUCGAACACUGUGCCAAAGUUUUGAUUGUAUUGAGAUGCUGAUUUUUAAUGGCUGUGACAACAUUACCAUGACUUCCAUUUAUAACAUGCGUCAAUACCACAAAGGAGUGGAUUACAUAGCGUUCCGAAAGUGCGAAAAUAUAUCUAGUGAAAUAACCGUGGAAUUCAAAGGAAGAUACAAUUAUGAAGCAAACUUUCUGAAAACAAGCUCUUGA